AUGUUCGGCAAACACGAUCUGCAAACCAUCCAUGAACGACUGAAUCUGGAGCUCUUCGGUAAACACCGUCACACACCCAGAGCAGAAAAGGCCGUCUCGCGUUCGGCAGUCUUCCCAGCCAAAGUUAACUCAUUCGAUGAGAUACUCGAUCGACUACGGAAUGCUCCCCGCCCUAUGCCUUCUGGCGUACCUCUAAACUUCCUGGAGCGAGAAUUUACAUUGACCACCACAGAUGUGCAGCAGAUCCCCCGAUCUUAUCAACUGCCUGAGGUCCAGGUUGUGGAUGGCCACAUCUUGGUCAACGAGGAACCGCAGCUAAGAAGCAGCUUCGACAACCGCCAACGCUGCUAUCGGUGGUCACGAGCUAUCUCCCCCCAAGUAUUUGAGCAUGGCAUGCUGAACGUGGAUUUAGCGGGGGUCAGUGGCCACGGCGUAAUUCUGUUGGCCGAUUCCCCUUAG